AUGCCUCGUGGAUUUCAAAUUAAAGCAACUUCAGUUACUAUAUUUACACAUUUGUUAUUCAUAGCAAUAACAACACUUGUGUUAGUUUGGUUGUUCCAUUUCCGUGAAGGUGUUGCUUUCAAUUCUACGACCAAUAAAAUCAAGAUUUUUAAUCUUCAUCCACUUCUUAUGGUACUUGGGUUUAUCUUAGUAGGUGGAGAAGCUAUUGUGGCAUUCAAGUCCAUCCCUGGAAAAAGAAGUUCAGCAAAAGUGUUUCAUCUUUUACUUCAUCUAAUAGCUCUAACAUCAGGAGUUUUAGGAAUUAUUGUAAUUUUCAAAUUUAAAAAAGAAGUAGGUCUUCCUAAUAUGUUUACAUUGCACUCUUGGUUAGGCAUCUCAGCAAUCUCUGCAUUUGGUUUGCAGUAUAUAUUGGGCUUCUUUGCUUACUUCUUCCCAGGAGCAGAAACAUCUACAAGAGCUACACUUUUGCCAUGGCACAAGUUUAUAGGAAUAGUCAUCUUUUUGCUUGCAGUAGCUACAGCUGAAACUGGUUUGAUUCAAUAUUUUGAUUUUUAUCAACUCUUCAGAAACCAAGAAUCUCUAAUAGUGAAUUUCACUGGUCUAUUGCUCUUUCUGUUUUCUGUCUUUGUUGGUCUCUCUGUCAUUCUCCCAAGAAAUUACUGAUAAAAUUCACUUAUACACUGUUUUUUAUCUGUAUUUUAUGUU